AUGGUCAACUGGAAAGCCAACGAGUCCACCGACCGUCUGAUCGCGGUGCUCAUCGCAGCUCACCCAGGCCUUAAGCUCGAAUACCAAGCAAUGGCCACCCUCUUCGGCCAGGGAGCCACCUACGACGCCAUCGAAGGCCGCUUCCGCCGCUACCGCAAAAUGGCCGACGAAGUCAAAGCCGACGCGCUGAGCAGGGGCAUCACCGAGUUACCGCGCGGGCGGAACGGCACCACAGGCAGCGCCAGCAGCAGCGUCACGCCCCGGACCCCGCGCGGACCACGCGGCGGGAUCACCAAACCUUCGUCUUCUACCGGGAAAAGUAGGAAGAGCACUGUUAGCCAGGUGCUCUCGACGCCGACUAAACGGGGCCAGGGAAGAGGUGGUAGCAACAACAACGGCAGCGGCAUGUCGUUCAUGGAGGCGAUUUUCCUCGACGAUGGGCUCUCCGAGGAGGACAAGAAGGUGAAGAGCGAGGCUGCUGAGAUACUGACUGGGCUUGUGGGUAAUUCAGCCGUCUUGCAUGAUCUGACGGGUGCGAGUACGCCCACUGCGUCGUCUGCUUCAAUUGCCUCGAUGAAGAUGGAGGAUGCUGCGGAGAGUUUUUCGUCGGCGUUUGGCGAUGCUGUCAAACAGGAAGGUCGGGGGAUCGGUCAUGUUGCUGGCGGGGAUAUCGAUGUGCCUGCUAUUGAACAUGAUGAGUUCGAUAUGGCGGGUUUGUACUUUCACGGUCAUGGGGGGUACGACAUGGAUGAUAUCUACGGUGGGGCUGCGUGA